ACCUAAGAACAAUGGAAGUUCAAAUUUUAAAGAGAAUGAAAUGGAGUGUUCGUCAUGAUGGACCUUCUUUUGUUUGGGCCUUCUCUCAUCUCCUCAAAUGGACAUCGACAUUUAGGGCACCAAAAAACCAAACUUUUUUAAUGGGAAUUUCGAAUUCGUAAUUUUGUUCUAUCGGAUAGAAUCGAUCAAAAAAUUUCAAUGGCAAUUACAAGUUCAAACUUCCAAGGAAACACGACUCGGUUCCUUCCUGUUGCAUGAACGCAUCCCAAGGCGUUUUCUUUGGAUCUCUCAAGCUCAAAUUACUCUCCAUUUUUCAUUUGUUGCAAUUCUUUAUGUUGAGGAGGGAAUUGGGUCGGUAGGUAAAUGGCAGGCCAUGAAGCCAGAUCGGUUUUCGACUGGGAAAACUUCCGUUCGUUGAAUUCCUAUCAGUCGUCUUCUUCAUCUCAGCAGCCCAAAAUCCAACUGAAAGAAUGGUCAAUGGUGGGGAUUAGGGAUUCUCUUCCCAAAGACGAUUUCUCCGUCUUCCCACCUUCAAAUCACGAGAAUCUAUGGCUACCAUCGAUUGAAGGAAACGAACGAGGAAGCCCAGUUUCAUUUCAGUCCAAUUCGCCAUCGUCAUCGUUCAGGUCGUCCCAAUCAUCUUCCUCCUUCUCAUCUUUCUCACUUUCUGAUGAUGAGACUUCACAUCCACAGUCACCGAGCCCAUCUGAUUGUCAAAUUCGGAAGUCCAUGGCGGCUUCUAGAUGGAUGGCAUUUGGGGUUCAGAUUCUACGCUCCCGGAUUGCUGCAAUGACUUCCACAAUUUGGCCCAAUGCUGCGCGUAGAACGGCUGUUUGGUUGUUUUCCCCUGCUGGAAGGAUUGGGUUAUUGCUAACCCUCUGGUGGCUUUACAAGAGACUUCGUCAGCGCCGUUUGCGUCAUAGUACAGAACAAUUAAAGAUGAUGAUCAAGGAGAAAGACAAGAAAAUCAGCCAACUACUGCAACAAGUUGCACAAUUGAAUAGAUCAAUGUUAUUAGCCCAACAGAAAGUACUGCCAUCAAAUUAGAAAAUGUGUCAAGGUAGCCAUGUUUAGCGUCUAUACCAGAGAUGAGGCGGCAAGAAGUAUUGCAGCUAUUCUGAAUAUCUUGCUCGUUGAAGAAGUUUAGGCUUGAAUUCUUGUUCAGUAGAAGGAAUCCAGUAGCAGUAGAAUCGAACUGACACAGAAGCUCAUGCCUUAGCAGGGCAAGAGUAUAAGGCAGGCACCAUGGAUGUCUCAAAACGACAUGAAUCUGUUUUUGGCUGCACAAAAACAGAUGAUCAGCUCAGAGAUGCAAUGUAUACACAGAUGAUUUGUAUUGAUUUUUUCAGUAUUUGUUCCAAGAAAUAUAUAUGUUCGAUUAGGAUUUUUUUGUAAUGUCUUUGCCAACUUGGUUUAUUGACUGGGAAGCUUAUGCUUAUGCACAGCGUAUUGGGUUUGUAAA